AUGACUGAACCCAAAGUCUCCAGGAGGAAGUCACUUGUACUUCAAGUCAAGUCCUUCUUGCGCCAGUUCUCGGAUCACCGCGAGGAGGCUGUUCCGGCAACACCAAAAACCAUGGAGACGCAGGCACACGAUCCCCUCAAGAUUGCUAUUCUCGGCGCGGGUAUUGGCGGGCUGGCUUUGGCCAUUGCCCUGAUCAAGCGCGGUGUGCAGGUGACCGUCUAUGAGUCCGCCGAGGCGUUUUCCACGAUUGGAGCGGGAAUUGGCUUGGGACCAAACUCCUUGACGGCCAUGGAUAUCAUUGACAAGAGGUUCCGAGAAAAGUACAAUGACGCCAAAACGGCCAAUGAGAAGCCGGACUUUGAGCACAGCAUUUUCGACGCGCUCUAUGCCGAGGAAGGCUUUGGCGAGAAGCGAGGGUGGACACGCGGUCUGGUUGGCGCGCCGUACUUUACGAGGAGUAGCGCGCACCGAAAGGACCUGCUCGAGAUCAUGGAGAGCUUUAUUCCAGAGGGCGCCGUCAAGUUCAGCAAAAGAGCGCAGUCCGUGGUGGAGAAUGCCGACGGAGUGAGCAUCACCUUUGCCGAUGGACAGACGGAGAGGGUAGAUGCUCUCAUUGGGUGCGACGGGGUAAAAGGCAUCACACGGAAGCUGGUUCUCGGAGAUAUAGCCCCUGAGCAGGUCCCGCCAACCUACUGCGGCAUGUACAUCUACAGAGGCAUCAUCCCCAUUGACAAGGCAAAGGAGAUCCUCGGGACCCACGCGGGGGACGCCAAAUGGUUCAUGAUCAAGGAGAAGGGAAUGGCCAUCUACCCCAUCUCAAAGGGCAAGGAGGAAAACUUCGUCUUUUUCAUCACAGACCACAAGCCGUGGACGCAGGGAGACUCGCCGGUUCCCUGUACCAAGGAGGAGAUGAUUGAAGAUCUCAAGGAUUUCGACGAGAGGUUAUUGAAGCUGCUCGACUGGGCGAAACCUCUCCGGUGGCCAACGUGGCACCACCCAACCACCUCUACAUACUAUAAAGGCCGCGUGUGCCUUCUCGGCGACGUUGCGCACGCCUCGAGCCCUCACCAAGCAGCUGGCGCCGGGCAAGGGCUGGAAGAUGCCGUUGUUUUGUCGCACCUGUUACCGUUGGUCAAGUCUCCAGAGCAAUUCGAGGCCGCGUUCAAGAUAUACGACUCCAUCCGACGGCCUCGCGCUCAGAAAGUUGUCCAGACAAGUUUCGAUGCCGGUCGCGUCUACAUGUGGCUAGACCCCGAGAUUGGCGACGACAUGACCAAGAUUGUGGCAAAUGCAAACCAAAGGCUCCAUUGGAUUUGGCAGCACGAUUUGCAGGCAGAUUGCAAGAGAGCCGAGGACGAAUUUACAAAGGCGACAGCAUCUGACCCAGUGGCUGGCUCGGAAGAUGCUGCUAUCAAAACUGCACUGACGCCUCAAACUAAAGAAAUGACGGCGGCUGUUGCUUAG